AUGGACUUUCAAGAAGAGGACGACACCGAGGAACUAUCGGAUGAACUACUUGGGCCUGAGGAUGAUCUCUUCCUCCCGCUCAUAGAUUCCUCGAACAACCCCCAAUGGAAACCAACACCCGAUCUCUACAGCUGGAGCCAACACCCUGAGUUCUCUCCCACAGAUCCUUCACCCCGUUCCUUCACCCUGUCCCGAACGAAAUUUCGAGCCUACAGCUACCCAUGCACCUCCUUCGUCGAUCUGGUCGAAGACGACCGCUGCUGCAACAACCCUUCGCAAGCACCAUGCCUCAGACUGCGAAUAGGAUCUCGCCGCGAACUAGGCCUCGCCUUCACUUCCACUCGCAACAGCACCAGCAACAGCAAAGGAAAAGCGCCCAUCGACGACACCAAGCCCUCCUUCGUGGAUACGCAAACACUCUACCGCCAGUCGCCUGUCCGCAUGUGGCCUCCUCCCUCAUCACGCUGUCCCUGCUCAGCGCGCCUCCACAACAUACUCAACCCAACACUCCCCACCAUCAACUCAUCUUCCUCCACCACACGCAGCGUAACCGGCGUCCUCGACUCCCAACGCCUAGUCUUCAUGAUCAAGCCAGGGCGCACCUACGGCUCCAACGAAGACAACACAUCAGGCAGCAUCGUGGUCAUAGAUUUCACUCGUCCGCUCACGGCUACGGGUCCGACACCCUCAACAUCAAGCUCAUCGUCACUAGCACUGCGGCCAUCGUCGCUGGCACGCUGCGAUAGUAAGAUGGGCGAUGAGUUGGUGACGCCAAAGAAGUGUGUUGACCCGUUGGUCUGGCAUUGGUCGGAUGAUUCAAAGGGGCGCUGCAGGCGAGGCACGUGUCAGUGA